AUGGUGCUUUUCCGGAUCGCAAGCGUCAUCCUGGCUCUGCUCAGUCUGGUGCUGCUGGUGGUGGCCCUGGUCUCAGACAACUGGGUGAAGGUUACUGAAGCAGAGGGGAGGCAUUUUGGGCUGUGGAAGAUCUGUGUGCAGCAGAUUUGCAUCUUGCAUCUAACCAGAGUACCAGGUUUCUUCCACACCACCAGGUUUUUCAUGAUCCUGGCCAUGUUCGCCGGGUUUCUCUCCUUCUUCGCUCUCAUCGCCUCCUUCUUUUGCUCCCACUUUCGCUCUGUGUCCCUGAUGCUGAUCUCCACCGUGGGCAGCUUCAGUGCAGGUGUCUGUGCCAUGAUCGCGCUGGCCGUGUUCACCAGUGCUGAUUGCCAGAUUGUCAUGUCAGGAAUGCUCUCCUACAGUUGGUCCUACGGCCUGGGUUGGCUGUCCUUCUUCCUGUAUCUUGGAACUGGUGCAGUAAUGCUGCUCACCCCGGGAUCCUCCUAUAGCCGAGUGUGA